AUGGUUAGAGAGGUUCCCAAUAAAGGUGAUUCAUCUCCAGCUCUUACGCCUCCUAAGUCGGACGCACCUAAAGCUGCUCCUGUUCCAGUGCUAGCCCUACCCAAAGAUAGUGCACCAGUUAAUAUUCCAGUAGUAUCAGUUAGUGUGAACGAAAGAUCAGAAGUUCCGAAUUCAGAUAAAGUAAUACAAGUUCCUACAGUGCCGAAAGAAGGAGGGAACACUCAGAAUCAGACUUCUAGUCCUCCGGUUACACCUCCUCCACCUAAGCAAUCCUCAUCUCAGCAGUCUCCAUCAAAACCUCCUUCAAGCCCAGCUCCUAGCCAAUCAGCUCCUAGCCAAUCAGCUCCUAGCCAAUCAGCUUCUAGCCAAUCAGCUUCUAGCCAGCCAACUCCUAGUCAGGCGGCCCCUCAACCUCAGCAGUCUUCAUCUCAACAGUCUUCAUCUCAAAAGUCUCCAUCAACACCUUCUUCAAGCCCAACUACUGCACAGUCUGUUCCUCCACCUCAACAGCCUUCACCAAAGUCAUCAACCGAAUCUUCAUCAAAGCCAGCUCAAACUCAAAUGAAUUCACAAAAAUCAGAUACUCAAAAGUCAGUUUCACAAAAGUCACAAAAGACUGAAUUUAGUAAAAUGGGAGAGACGUCAAAGCAAAUUGAGUUAAAUGGAAUCGGAUCUAACUUGGAUACAAGAAGAUCAGUAGAAAAUACAAAAUUCUCUUUAGUAGAGUCAGAGCUAGACUCUAAAUUUCCAGAUAUUAAGACAGCUUUCAGUAAAGAUGGGCUUCAGGAAGUUAGAGUAGCUCUGAUUUUUAUAGUUAUAAGCCUAAUCAUGGUUAUUGGAUUUUCAAUAAGAAAAUAUCGCAAACUUAGAAAAGGUGGAGAACAAGUCAGAAAUAUUACAAAUACAGUAUUUCCAGUUAAAAUUGUGAGUCUUUAUUUAUAUAUUUUUUUGUGUUUCCCAAUUACUGUACUUAUGCAAUUCCUAUCAUGUAUUGCACCAGUAGGAUUUGGAAUGUUUAAUGUGGUACAAUCUAUUUAUCAAGGUUCAUGUUACAUUUGGCUUUGGGAUCUUUUUGUUGAGUACUUUGGAGGGUCAGAGCAAAUUGUAACAGCUAUAAGAAGAACAGGCCCUUACCAAAUAUGGAAGGUGCCUCCAUUUAUGAUUCCAACUAAUCCAGAAACUUAUUUUCAACCAAAAAUAGUCAUUGUAAGCUAUAUAUUAAUGGUACAAUUUCUUCCAAUUAACGUCCUAGUUUCAAUACUAAAUAUUAUCCAUCCAUCCAAAGCUUUUCUUUAUAACAUCUUUUUAAUUCUUUCUUUAUCUAUUUCAAUUUAUGGAAUAAUGCUCAUUUACUGGCCUAGUAAAGAAGCUCUUCAACCUUAUCAAGGUGGGUGGAAAUUUGGGAUCCUUGUUAUUCAAUCAUUCUCCAUUAUAAUAAUUGACUCCAUUAUUAGACUUGCUAAGUAUGAAAAUAGAGAAUAUAACUCUAUUGUUUAUAAACUUUAUUGGAAAUUAAUGCUUACCUGUGGUGUAGCCACAAUCUGUACUCUUGCUGCUGUGGCAAUUAUUGAUUCUAGAGAAAUUUAUCAGAUUUAUAACCUCUCAAUACCCACCAAAAACUCUGAAAAUAUUCCCGAAAACAAAGCAAUGCUUAAUACUAAAGUCUAA